AUGUCUAUUCCAAAAACUCAAAAAGGUGUUAUCUUCUACGAAUCCAACGGUAAGUUGGAGCAUAAGGACAUCCCAGUUCCAACGCCAAAGCCAAACGAGCUGUUGAUUAACGUCAAGUACUCCGGUGUCUGUCACACGGACUUGCACGCUUGGCACGGUGACUGGCCAUUGGCAACCAAGUUGCCAUUGGUCGGUGGUCAUGAAGGUGCCGGUGUUGUUGUUGCCAUGGGUGAAAACGUCAGAGGCUGGAAGGUCGGCGACCUUGCUGGUAUUAAGUGGUUGAACAGUUCCUGUAUGGCCUGUGAAUACUGUGAAUUGGGUAACGAGUCCAACUGUCCUCACGCAGAUUUGUCCGGUUACACCCAUGAUGGUUCUUUCCAGCAGUACGCUACCGCCGACUCUGUGCAAGCCGCUCACAUUCCUGAAGGCACGGAUCUGGCUGAAGUCGCCCCAAUCUUAUGUGCCGGUAUUACAGUCUACAAGGCUUUGAAAUCCGCCAACUUGAGGGCUGGCCACUGGGUGGCCAUCUCCGGUGCUGCCGGUGGUCUAGGUUCUUUGGCUGUCCAGUACGCCAAGGCUAUGGGGUACAGAGUCGUUGGUAUUGAUGGUGGUCCCGGUAAAGAAGAGUUGUUCACAUCGCUUGGUGGUGAGGUGUUCAUUGAUUUCACAAAAGAAAAGGACAUUGUUGGUGCUGUCGUCAAGGCCACUGACGGUGGUGCUCACGGUAUUGUCAACGUGUCCGUUUCCGAAGCCGCUAUCGAAGCUUCUACCAGAUACUGUAGAGCUAAUGGUACCGUCGUCUUGGUCGGUUUGCCAGCCGGCGCCAAAUGUUCCUCCGACGUCUUCAACCACGUCGUCAAGUCCAUCUCCAUUGUCGGUUCCUACGUCGGUAACAGAGCCGACACCAGAGAAGCCUUGGACUUCUUCGCCAGAGGGUUAGUUAAGUCUCCAAUCAAGGUUGUCGGAUUGUCUCAUUUGCCAGAAAUCUACGAAAAGAUGGAAAAGGGCCAAAUCGCUGGUAGAUACGUUGUCGACACUUAUAAAUAA